AUGAGAUUUGGCCAGAAAGAAAAACUUAGUCCCCGAUUUAUUGGACCUUAUGAGAUACUUGAAAGGGUUGGACCAGUUGCAUAUAAAUUGGCGUUGCCACCUGAGUUAGACAAGAUCCACAAUGUCUUCCAUGUUUCUAUGCUUAGAAGAUAUCAUUCUGAUCGAUCUCAUGUUCUUCCAGUUGAAUCUAUUGAGGUUAAUCCUGACUUGACAUAUAAUGAAGAACCUAUUCUAAUUCAAGCUCGAGAAGUAAAGCAACUUAGAAACAAGAGAGUCCCCAUAGUAGAGGAAAGUGCAAAGGUAAAAGGGGCAAAGCCUAAGCCAAAGGCCAAGGCUGCACCAAACUUGGAGCACACUUCCUCAAGUCCACCACCACCACCACAGCCAGUGGUGUGGAGCAUGGCUCGUGGUAUGGUUCGUGAGGCCAAGGCAGUAGCUCCCUAG